AUGUGGGAUGGUGCUGGGCUCCCGGCUAUCUGCGGCUUCUGCGACCGGCACCUUGGGAGUGCCAUUAUUUUGCACUGGUCUGUUUUGACACAGAGUGCCCAUGUUCCGAUGGUGCAAGAUAUUAAAAAUGUCACUUGUGUUCUUGGCCUCUCGAAGGGUCCUUUCAUUCAGGGGAAAAUGUUGUUUGCUCAGCCCAAGGAUGCUGGCUUUUCAUUUAGCCACAAUAUCAAUAGUCAUUUGGCCAGCCUCUCCAUUGUUGGAAACACGAUCCCCACUCUCAACCCCACUGUUAAGGAGGCUUUACGUGCCCUGGAUAACGUGAAUGCCAGUGUGGAAAAUCAGGGCCAGAUUAAAAUGUACAUCAAUGAAGUGUGUCGGGAAACUGUGUCACAUUGCUGCAACUUAUUUCUGCAGCAGGCCGGAUUAAAUUUGUUAAUAAGCAUGACAGUUAUUAAUAACAUGCUCACCAAGUCCGUUUCAGACCCGAGGUUUCCUUUGAUAUCAGAGGGGAGUGGAUGUGCUGAGGUUCAGCCUUUGAAACCGUUGAUGGGUUUGUCUGAAAAGCCAGGCUUGGCAGGGGACUUUCUGGGUCCACAAAUGCUGCUCUCAUUCAUGUCCCUCUUUAUCAAGAAUGGAAACAGACAGGUUCUUCUGGACACCCUGGCCUCUUAAAUGGCCAUCUCGAACAGAAUGGGACUGAAUCUACCCGAAACCUGUUUGGUGAACACGCAGUUGUGUUCUCAUUCAAAGACUCUGCAGUGGGUGCUAUAGAAGGUCCUGCCCUGGCCAAUCACCACCUCAUGGGGUGGAAGUUACACUUGCUAAACCGAGGACCACACUCUUACUGGACGGGCAAGGGUUCCCACAGAGCUUUGAGGAACUUCUUGGUUUUGCAGUCUACAGGCAAUGUGCACUGUAAAUUGCUCCCUUACUUCUUCCUGUGGUAAAGGGCUCGUUUCAGCUGCCAGCUGUGGAUAAAGCAUCAUGAAGGAUGCUUGCCUGUGGUGGCCUCCCUGUCUAAGCUGGACUGUUUUGUG